UCUGACUGUGUAGAAGUUCGCUCCUCAGGAUUUUCAAGCGCAAAAAACAGACAAGAAAAGAUAAAAAAACCCCCACCAUGGCCAACAAAGGGCAGCCGACUCCAUACCUACACCUGGCGGAGCUGACCGCUUCCCAGUUCCUGGACAUCUGGAAACACUUCGACACUGAUGGUAAUGGCUACAUCGAGGGCAAGGAGCUGGAGAACUUCUUUAAGGAGCUGGAGACUGCCCGAAGAGGCGCUGGCGUGGAUCCCAAAAAUGUUGCCUCCAAAGAAAAGAUGAAAGAGUUCAUGGCGAAAUUCGACAAGAACGCAGACGGGAGAAUUGAGAUGUCGGAGCUGGCUCAGAUUCUGCCCACAGAAGAGAACUUCCUGCUGUGCUUCAGACAGUUUGUAGGGUCCAGCUCGGAGUUCAUGGCGGCAUGGCGGAAGUAUGACACAGACCGCAGUGGGUACAUUGAAGCCAAUGAGCUGAAGGGGUUCCUCUCAGACCUCCUGAAGAAGGCCAACAGAUACUACGACGACAAGAAGCUGCACGAGUACACACAGACUAUUCUGAAGAUGUUUGAUCUGAAUGGAGACGGGAAGCUCGGCCUGUCAGAAAUGGCCAGGCUACUACCUGUGCAGGAGAAUUUCCUUCUCAAGUUCCAGGGCAUCAAGCUGACCUCUGAGCAGUUCAAUGCCAUCUUCACAUACUACGACAAGGACGGAAACGGUUACAUCGACGAGCUGGAGCUGGAAGCUCUGCUCAAAGACCUCUACGAGAAGAACAACAAGGAGGUGGACACCGAGAACCUGAAGGGCUACAAAGACAGCAUCAUGGCCCUGUCGGACGGUGGGAAGCUGUACCGCACGGAGCUGGAGAUCGUCCUGUGCCGGGAACCAAUGCUGUGAACCCUGCGACCCCUUGACCUCUGACCUUCAUCAUCCCCUCCCUCAAC